AUGUCCUUCUCAAAGCUCACUGGUCUCCUAGUCUCGGCAUCCCUGGUAGCAGGCCAUGGCUAUGUCUCCAGCAUUGUUGCCGACGGACAGAACUACACCGGCUACCUCGUGGACAAGUACUCGAACAAUCCCAGCGCACCCGAAAGCGUCGGCUGGACAACAACAGCAACCGAUCUCGGCUUCAUCGACGGAACCGAAUACCAAGAGCCGAACAUCAUCUGCCACCGCGAUGCCACAAACGCCCCCCUGAGCGCCACCGUCACUGCAGGUUCCGACAUUGACAUCCAGUGGACCCCCUGGCCAGACACGCACCACGGCCCUCUGAUCACCUACCUCGCCAACUGCAACGGUGACUGCACCACAGUCGACAAGACUACGCUGGAGUUCUUCAAAAUCGAAGAAGAUGGCUUGAUUGAUGGCUCUUCUUCUCCCGGAGUUUGGGCAACUGAUGAGCUCAUCGCUGCUGGCAACAGGUGGACUGUGAGGAUUCCUUCGACUAUUGCGGCUGGCAACUACGUUAUGCGCCAUGAGAUCAUUGCUUUGCACUCUGCGGGUAACACCAAUGGGGCACAGAACUAUCCUCAGUGCGUCAAUUUGGAGGUUACUGGUGGUGGCAGUGAUCAGCCUGCUGGCACCCUGGGUGAGGAGUUGUACAAGAACACUGAUCCUGGUAUCUUGUUUGAUCUCUACUCUCCCUUGACUGAUGGUUAUACCAUCCCUGGACCGGCUUUGUAUGCUUGA